AAAAGUCGAGUUAUUAGAUCACUUAAGGAAUUUUAGAGUGGUUCCAUAGACGUCAAACAGAAUCUUAUCUAUAGAGAUAUGACGAGAUCUGUUAGGAAAUUUUUUUCAGCAUAUUGUAUAGGCGACAGAUACUCUUCUUUUCAAGUGGACGAUUACCAUGAUAACGUGAUCGUGAUCGGAAUCAAUCUCAAAAACUAUCAAUCACAACCAUUAUUCCAACAUUAUUUGGUGUCAUCAUGUGGAGGUGUGUGUUCCUGUUUUUCGGGGUCCUGCAGGAGGGCUAAGGGAGUAGCCUACAGCCUCGUCAGCAGUAUUUGUACUGGACAUGUUCAGGAUUGGUUCAAAACAAAUAAUAACGAGGAAUAACAAACAGAAACUUAACAAAUUACUCAAAUACACUUAACAAGAACAACAGCAACAACCAAUCAAGGUAAAUGCAGAAGAUCCAAUUGCAACAACUAAUUAUGGACAAGUAAGGGGACAGACGAUGUCAACUUAUCGCAACACAACGUACUAUGCUUAUUUUGGCAUUCCUUACGCGGCACCACCAGUAGGUCGAUUGAGAUUCCAGGCGCCUCAGCCACCCUCGAGUUGGUCAGGAAUAAGAGAUGCCAAAACGAGCGACAAAAUUUGUAUCCAAUGGUUGCAUAACAUCGGAGGAGAGACCGAAGACUGUCUGUAUUUGAACGUAGAGACCCCUGUGGCACCAGGAUCCAGUGAAAGACUGCCAGUCAUGGUCAAUAUUUACGGGGGUGGAUUUCUCUAUGGAUUUGCUGGUAGAAGGCCAGGCGGCGCUGGGUUCUUGGCAGAAAAAGGCGUUGUUGCAGUUUCUUUUAACUACCGAGUUGGACCUUUUGGAUUCUUGUCCACUCUGGACAGUUCCAUAAGAGGUAAUAUGGGCCUGAAAGAUCAACAAAUGGCCUUACGUUGGAUCCAACAGAACAUCCACAAUUUUGGUGGUGAUCCUGCAAAGGUCACUUUAACUGGUCAAAGUGCUGGAUCUGCUUCUGUGACUUAUCAUUUGUUAGCGCCUAGUUCUGCAGGUUUAUUUAGAGCAGCUAUAGGUCAGAGUGGAUCAGCUCUUUGUGAAUGGGCCUAUCACAGAGACCCAGUAAGCGUGGUUUACGGAAUGGCUUCCGCCUUGGAUAGCAGAAUUACAACACAGAAUACAACCCAGCAAGUUUUGCUGUUUCUGCAAAGCGUCCCAGUUCAACAGAUCAAAGCACUGGAUAGAAGAUUCUAUAUUUUUGCACCAGUUAUAGACGGUGAGAUGAUCACAGCGCCAAUGUACGAUUCUGUUAAAAAUGGUAAAGUCAAUAAAGUUCCGUUGCUGAUUGGAAUAAAUUCUGAGGAGUGCAUUGGAAAAGCAGUCAGACCGGAUUGGUUUAACAGAAUGAGAGUAAUGGACCCAAGACCAGAGACGUUCCUGCCGGGUGGGUUAGCAGAACAUAUAAAUACAACGAUGUUGAGCAGUGUCGGAGCACUCGUGAGGAAAUUUUACUGUAACGGCAAUUUUACUGCGCACUUAGGACAAUCUGCUCAAUACGAUUCCGACAACAGGUUUGUGAGAGCAAUCAUCAAAUUUGCUGAGCUUUAUUCACAACAUGCAGACGUCUACUUUUAUCAUUUUUCGUUUCAAGGACAGAUCUUCAACAACCAUAUUAACGUUGACGGUGUCCAUGGAGUUGGACAUGGAGAAGACCUCAGAUACCUCUACGCACCAUAUGCGAACCUUGAUAGUUUCCCAUGGGAAGAUAGAGUCACAGUAGAACGUUAUAGCACCUUGUUCACAAACUUUGCUAAAUAUGAAAAUCCAACACCCGUUCCUGACGAACUCUUCCAGAGGUUAAUCGUACCAAAAGUCACCCCAAGUGACUUCACCUAUCUAGAUAUAGAUAAAUAUUUGUCGCUGAAGAAAAAUCCAAGAAAUCCAUGGUACCGUGAGUGGGUGUCGUUGUUUGACAAAUACGCAAACUCUUCUUCACUGAUCACCUAUUGAAAGGCAUUAUUUGUAAAUAUUCAAUAAUGAAUAAAUAAUAAUCGAUUACUCUAUUUUCUUGUGUUUCCUUGAUAUACAUGUUAUAUUUUCUUAGUAACUACGCAGUCAAUACAGUGUUGCAUCGUGCUUAUUCAGCAAUAAUAACUUCCUUUAGAUCUAUUGUGUAUUGUAAGCUUACCAUGCAUCGUAAGCGGGAAGCCACGUGCACCUGAGCAUAGAUGCAUUGCAAGCAAAACUCUAUAUACCAUUGCUCAAUACCCCGGUAGACUCCGUCAUAGUCAGAUCAUUGUAACUUUGCAAUUUUGUAAUGGGCUGUAGUCAUCGUAUACAGUUUUUAAAAGUUAUUUCUAAUUCCAUUCACUUAAGGUACAUUUUAUGUGACAUCAAAGGGACAACAGCAGUGAUGAUAUCUAUUAAAAAUGCUGCAAUAAAGAUCAUACUGUACAACUUUUAUCAUAAUGUAUGUACCCCCACAGCUUGCUUUUCCAUUUAUUCGAUUCGAUACUUAUUAAUAUAUUAAAAUAUUUUGAAGUAUUUUCUAUAUCUUAUCUGGAAUGUAUGAUCUCAAUAAUUUUACGAUAUAUC